CUUAAUAACAAAAGAAAACAAGAAAGAAAGAAAUCAAACAGUAAGAGAAAAGGAAAAAAAAUGUCAAACAACGAAGAGCUUGUAGAGGAAAUAAUCACAACAAAUGGGGAUUCGUUCGAAAAGGUGAAACAGAGGCUGAAGGACCGAUCUAAGAAAAUGGCUCAAACAAAGGAGAUGCUGUCAAAACAAGCGAACCAAACCAAACAGAUCUUGUCUAAACAGGCUGUUAAGAUUGCCAAACAAGCCGAGGAACAUGAAAGGUUUAUUAAUAAGGUGACUUAUCUUCUCGGUGUUCUCGGGUUCGGGGGUUUUUGCUUCCUUUUGGGAGCGAGGCCACAAGAUAUCCCUUAUGUGUAUUGUUUCUUCUAUUUCACAUUUGUUCCUCUUCGGUGGAUAUACUAUCGGUUCAAGAAAUGGCACUAUUAUCUUCUGGAUUUUUGCUAUUAUGCCAAUACGAUCUUCUUGGUCGACCUUCUUCUAUAUCCAAAGAACGAAAAACUUUUCAUGGUUUGCUUCUCAUUUGCUGAAGGACCAUUGGCAUGGGCAUUGAUUGUUUGGCGUUGUAGCUUGGUUUUUAGUUCUGCUGACAAACUUGUUAGUGUCCUAAUACAUCUUCUACCUGGGUUAGUUUUCUUUACUAUUCGGUGGUGGAAUCCUGCAACCUUUGAAGCCAUGCAUCCAAAAGAAACUUCCCGCAGAAUCUCAUGGCCAUAUGGAGUGGAAGACAAAUCCUACCUUUUGACAUGGUUGUUCUGGGUGCCCUUGUUUGCUUAUACCCUGUGGCAGGCUCUUUAUUUCCUUAUCGUCAAUGUCCUACGGAGGCAGAGGCUAUUAAGAGAUCCUGAAGUCAUGACUUCUUACAGGGAGCUCUCAAAAAAAGCCCAGAAAGCAAAUAAUAUAUGGUGGCAAUUGAGUGGUUUGCUUGGGGACCAGAAUCGUCUGCUGAUGUACAUUCUGUUGCAAGCAAUAUUUACUGUGGCAACCAUGGCACUCACAGUUCCCAUCUUUUUAUCCUAUGAAUUGCAUGUGGCCUUCCAAAUACUCAAGGUUUCAGCAGCUGCAUGGAAUGGAGGAAGCUUUCUGCUAGAGGUAAUGCCUAAGCAGGUGAUUCUCAAAGAGAAGAAGAAAUCAGAAAUGCAGCCAGCAUCUACUCAGCAUGACCAAUCAUCAGUUUUGGUCGAAAAUGCAAUGAACACAGAAAUCUCCGCUGGGUGAACGGGUCCUGACGGAUAUGAAUCCAUGAUUUAUAGAAUGUUAAAGGACUUGUCAUAUGGAGUGAAACUCAUUUUGCCUGCCAAGAAAUUAGCUUGUAAUAGUUAAAAUUGUUUACUGAUAAAUCGGCAAUAAUUCUCUUGUAUAUGUGGUCUUCUUAUAACGUAGAUUUAGUCGAGGGUAUCAAGAUUUCAUAUAUUUUUCCCUUC